AUGAGACCCAGACAAUCGCUGGAGAGGAUUACGAAUAAGGAUGGUUCUGUGAUCAUUGAAGAUACUGCAGAGGUAUCCAUAACGGCUGUAGCCGCUGGAAAAGGAGCUUUGAAAGGUACCGAACAAACACCAGCAACUAGUAGGCGGAAGCGCAAAGCUGUGGAAGAAGUCACACCCACAGCAAUUGCCUUGGGCGCCGCAUCACUGCAACCGCUGCGUGUAGCUGACCUGCGCGUUUUGUGCGCUGCACGGGGUCUCAGUGUAGCCGGUCGCAAGCGGCAGCUCAUUCAUCGCCUUUUGGCCCAUGCGCAGAGUGCAAGUGGGCCUGUCAUCAGUGUCUACGAUAGUGGCGCAAGCUGCAACGCCUUAGACAUGGGUAGGUAUCUGCAAGCGUUGCCGCGUGUGUCAGUUGUGUUGGGUCCAUGGUGCAGUGUGCUGCGUCCUGUCGGGUCAGCUUGA